UUUUGGCAACAGCAGAGAGAGAGAGCGCGCGCCUCAUUCCGCGCUCGGCUGGAUUCCUCCUCGCCAGCGCCUUUGGACUGAAGGGGAGCCAUUGAAACACCUCUCCCACCGCCGCCCGCCGCGCUCCAAAAGAAGAAGAACCCCCCCAGCGAGCGGAGACAGCCCGGAGAGGACGAGGAAGGGGGGAGGGCGCGGGGACCUUGGCGGGGGGCAAGCCAAGCCGGCGAUGUCAAGGGCGGCUGCGGCGCUGCUCUCGCCCUUCGCGUGGUGCUGAACCUCCGCGCCGCGCUCGCCCCGACACGGAGCGCCACCUCCCUGGGCGAGCAGCCGCAGCGACGGGAUCCGGGCGUUGAAGAGGCGGCGGCGGCGGCGGCAGCAGGGAAGAGAGGAGCCCCCCCCGCAACACAGACACACACACCCCGAGGAGGCGGAAACUCGGUCUAUGCCCGAGCCCGGAGCCCCGAGCCCGAGCCAUGAGACCCGCCAGCAAGCUCUUGAGCCUCCUGUACCUCCUCCUGAUGGGGACGGAACUCACUCAAGUGUUGCCUACCAACCCAGAGGAAAGCUGGCAGGUCUACAGUUCUGCUCAGGACAGCGAAGGACGGUGUAUAUGUACAGUGGUGGCCCCUCAACAGACAAUGUGCUCGCGCGAUGCCAGGACAAAGCAACUGCGGCAGCUCCUAGAAAAGGUACAAAACAUGUCCCAGUCAAUAGAGGUGUUGGACAGGCGAACCCAACGGGACCUCCAGUACGUUGAGAAAAUGGAGAACCAGAUGAGAGGCCUGGAAUCCAAGUUCAAGCAAGUGGAAGAGAGCCACAAACAGCACCUGGCAAGACAGUUCAAGGCGAUAAAAGAGAAAAUGGAGGCGCUUAGGCCCCUGAUCCCUGUGUUGGAAGAGUACAAAGCCGAUGCCAAAUUGGUUUUGCAGUUUAAAGAGGAGGUCCAGAAUCUGACGUCAGUUCUAAACGAACUCCAGGAGGAGAUUGGCGCCUAUGACUACGAAGAGCUUCAAAACAGAGUGUCAAAUCUUGAAGAGAGGCUCCGGGCUUGCAUGCAAAAAUUAGCCUGCGGGAAAUUGACAGCAAUAAGUGACCCAAUAACGGUCAAGACAUCCGGAUCAAGGUUUGGCUCGUGGAUGACAGACCCCUUAGCUCCAGAGGGUGAAAACAAGGUCUGGUAUAUGGACAGCUACCAUAACAACCGCUUCGUCCGGGAGUACAAAUCCAUGUCUGACUUCAUGAAUACAGACAACUUCACCUCUCACCGCCUCCCUCACCCCUGGUCCGGGACAGGCCAAGUGGUCUACAAUGGCUCGAUCUUUUUCAACAAAUACCAAAGCCACAUCAUCAUCAAAUUUGACUUGAAGACUGAGACCAUUCUUAAGACACGCAGCUUGGACUAUGCGGGCUACAACAAUGUCUACCACUACGCCUGGGGAGGCCAUUCGGACAUUGACCUCAUGGUGGACGAGAACGGCCUGUGGGCUGUCUACGCCACCAACCAGAAUGCGGGAAACAUUGUCAUCAGCAAGCUGGACCCAAACACUUUGCAAAGCAUCCAGACUUGGAAUACCAGCUACCCAAAACGCAGUGCUGGCGAAGGUUUCAUCAUCUGCGGCACUUUAUACGUCACCAACGGUUACUCAGGGGGAACCAAGGUGACCUAUGCGUAUCAGACCAACACCUCCACUUAUGAAUAUAUAGAUAUCCCCUUCUUAAAUAAAUAUUCCCAUAUUUCUAUGUUGGACUACAACCCCAAGGACAGAGCCCUCUAUGCGUGGAACAAUGGCCAUCAAAUACUUUACAAUGUCACUCUCUUCCAUGUGGUCAGAUCAGAUGAAUUGUAGUCCACUUUUUGUCUGGAACAAAACUGAAAUCUUUCACUCACACACACAAAACCUGGAAAGGAUACAUCGUAUGGAAAUAUAUUUUAAAAAAAAUAGAGAAGGAAUUUCAGAAACAGCUGCCAAAAUGUAAAAAUGAGAGAUGCUCCAAUAUUCAAACCUGCAAGAUCAUCACUUUCCUCUCCAACGUUUAUCGGAUAUCAAACUCGUGUUACAGACAAAGUGGGCUGGGACGACACAAAAUGCAGCCGCUCAUUUGCAGCUGGAACUGCACUUGACAAAACUAGUUUUCCGUUCUCCAGUGGUUUUUUAAAAUUUCUUUCUUUUCUUUCCCAGGAGGGCAGGCAGUUGCCAUUUGUUUGUUUUAUUUUCCUUCUCUUUCAGUAGCAAAGUUGUAGUUCUAAAGUACAAUGUAAGGCAAUGACUGUUGGAAAAUUUAU